AUGAUUGAUGAUGAUGAUGAUGAUGAUGAUGAUGAUGAUGAUGAUGAUGAUGAUGAUGAUGAUGAUGAUGAUGAUGAUGAUGAUGAUGAUGAUGAUGAUGAUGAUGAUGAUGAUGAUGAUGAUGAUGAUGAUGAUGAUGAUGAUGAUGAUGAUGAUGAUGAUGAUGAUGAUGAUGAUGAUGAUGAUGAUGAUGAUGAUGAUGAUGAUGAUGAUGAUGAUGAUGAUGAUGAUGAUGAUGAUGAUGAUGAUGAUGAUGAUGAUGAUGAUGAUGAUGAGGAUGAUGAUGAUGAUGAUGAUGAUGAUGAUGAUGAUGAUGAUGAUGAUGAUGAUGAUGAUGAUGAUGAUGAUGAUGAUGAUGAUGGAUGA